AUGGUCCCACACGCAACUGAGCCAAUCCCGGAUUCUGGCGUCGACUUGAUCCAGCACGACGGUACCACAUAUGGAGACUGGCGUGAUGACUUCCAUCGUGACGGCUUUGCCAUUGUGAAAGGCGUCAUCACUCCAGAGCGAGCACAAUACUAUCGCAACAAACAAAUCGAAUGGCUUCAAUCUUUCGAUCUUGGUUUCGACCCCAGCGAUGAGAGUACCUGGACUCAAGAACAUCUUCCCGUCAGCUUCAAGGGCGGCAUGUACUUUGCUUACGCCAGCACUCAUGAAAAGUUCGUCUGGGAGGCACGUACGGAACCCAAAGUACAGGAGACGUUCGCACAGCUCUGGGAGACUGACGAGUUGCUGUGUUCUUUUGACGGCAUGAAUAUCACUCUGCCACGACAGAAGGACCUCAAGUGGAGCCCAUGGCCACAUUGCGAUCAGAGCCCGCAGCGUAAGGGCAUGCAGUGCGUGCAGGGUCUGCUGAAUUACCAGCCCAAUGGACCCAAGGAUGGAGGCUUGAUCAUUAUGAAGGGGAGCAGCAAGCUCUUUGACCAGUUCUUCAGCGAGAGCAGAGAGCAAGACGACCACGAGGACAAACCACCGGAGGACUAUGACUUCAAGGACUUGUUCAUUUUCAAGGAGUCUGAUGUGCAAUGGUUCAAAGACCAUGGCUGUGAGAUGAUCAAGACAAACCUCGAGCCUGGUGACCUUGCUUUGUGGGACUCACGGACGAUGCAUUAUGCUUGCUUCCCACAGGGCGACCGUAUCAGGCAUGUGCAGUACAUUUGCAUGACGCCGGCAAAGUUCGCGAAGAAGGAGGAUCUCGAGCACAAGGCUGCAUUAUUCAAGCGAUGGCAUGGCACUACUCACUGGCCCCACUGCAAUAUUCAUGAACAAGGGCCCCCUCUCAGAAACGGCGUGGAAGAUCCAUUGAACCGGUAUGAGCCGCGGGAGAAGCCAGAGAUCACGAAAAGAGUGCUUCAGCUGGCGGCUGUAGAAGCAUACUGA